CAGUUUUCAGACCAAUACAUGGAUUUGCAUGUCGUUCUAGUGCUGCUCUUUAUUUCUUCUCUUCUCGUGUGCCACAACGGCGUCGAAGGAGGCACGGGUUUAUCUGAAGAAGAAUAUUUGGAGUUAGAGAAGCAAAUUGAGCUUUUGAACAAGCCUGCUGUCAAAACGAUACAUAGUGACUAUGGAGAUAUAAUCGAUUGUGUGGAUUUCUACAAACAACCCGCCUUCGAUCAUCCUUUAUUGAAGAACCACACAUUCCACUAUAAGAUGAAACCUACUUCAUCAACUUGGAAAGCAAGAGAUGAAGUUGCAUUAAAUGGUACUAAACCCACAGGUACGGCGGGCCUAAGAGGCGGAGGCUGCCCUCUUGGAACAGUCCCUAUAAGAAGAGUCACUAUGGAAGAUCUCAUCAGAGAGAAACUGGCUUCAAAAACAAUAUCCUCGGAAGAAAACAGGCCUGGUACUCAUUAUGCUGUAAUUCGGACAAGAGUUACAAGGAAGAAGUUCAAUGGAGCUGGAGCACUUAUUACUUUAUACCGUCCACAUGUUAAUGGUGGUCAAUAUAGUGCAGCAAGAGUGAAGAUUCAAAAUGGUCUUGAUAGCAUAGAAUCUGGCUGGAGGGUUGAUCCAUCCCUCUAUGGUGACGGUCGAACUCGAGGAUAUAUACAUUUUAACGCUGGACAAACUCAUUGUUUCAAUACUCGAUGCCCUGGGUUUGUUAUUGUGAGACCAGACAUACAGCUCGAUGCCUAUUUUGAUCCAGUUUCUAUUCCUGGAAUAGACCCUAUUACUACUCCAGUGUACAUCAUCAGGGACAAGCCUAGUGGAAAUUGGUGGGUCAUACUACGAGAAGAAAACGUUGCAGUUGGAUUUUGGCCGAAACGCAUAUUUACCCGGCUAGGAGACUUGGCUAACUAUGUUGAAUGGGGAGGCGAGACAUUUAGUCCACCGGGCACUGUUGCACCACCUAUGGGCACAGGGUUUUUUCCUAUAAGACCGUUCAUCUCAUUAAAUGCAUACUUCAAGCGGGUUGUAGUCCGUAAUGAGUAUGGUCAGACAGUGGAUGUUGAUAACACAGAAAAAUUUGCUGACAAUAACAAGUUGUAUGGUGUCGCGGAUAAAGGAGACCAAGGAGAUUACUUCGGACGUGUAUUCUUAUAUGGGGGUCCUGGCGGGAAGACCUAAGUUUCUGCUUAAUUCAAAAAUCUAUUAGUUUGAAGUAACUAAUUCUACUCCCAGCCUAUUGUCCCAAGAAUAAAUGAUCAAGAUCACAAAUGAAAUAACAGAAAAAGAAAGAAAGAAAGAAGACAGGCUUUAAAUACAUGGAAUUAAUAGAAAGAAAUGUCAAAACCUUCUCCCUUUUUUUGGGGAAAUCUCUAUUAAGCAAUACAGUUAUAUAUAUUUGGACUGUGAUAA